UUGAUUAAAAUCUGCCAACAUUCGCUAGGCCAGCAGCCAAGUGUUCAAUCUGAAACUUUACCAACUGCUCAGUUGUGUUUGUGUGUGUGUGUCCUGUGUGCGCACUGUGUGUGUAUAACGACAGAAAGGAUAAAAGCACUAGCUUCAUUGGCUUCUUGCUCCAUUAGCUGAGGCAAGCACCAACGAGUAAAGGGCGACUACAACAGUUACAAAAUGAGACCUAAUUCCACCAAGCUGCUGCUGGCAGUGCUCAUGUCAUGGUCGGCGGUAGUCUCCUGCACAGUGAGCGCCACCACAGAGGUUCAAGAGACGCCCCUAGCACUGCCCGUUGCCGAACAGACUCAGCCCAGGACAAUCCUACAGGGUGAGGUCUGGCAGGAAGAUGAGCACGAGGUGUUAAUACGUAACGAACGUGGAACGAAGAGCGAUGGUCUUUCUUGCCGUUAUGGCAAAAAUCCAUGGACUGAGUGCGAUACCAAAACUAAUACGCGUUCGCGAACGUUGACACUCAAAAAGGGGGACCCGGCUUGCGAUCAGACCCGCACCAUACAAAAGAAAUGCAAAAAAGCCUGUCGUUAUGAAAAGGGUUCUUGGUCUGAGUGCGCAACUGGACAAAUGACACGGGCGGAUAAACUAAAGGCAACCAGCGAUCCCUCAUGCGAAGCAACACGUGUCAUCAAGAAGAAUUGCAAGCCAGGCAAGUCCAAGGAUAAGAGUGCUAAGGAACAGCGCAAGAACAAGGACAAAGCUGCUCGCAAAGGACGCGCUUAAGUAUUUUACACACCAAUUACUAAAAUCUCAAUAAUUUGUAAUGCCCAACGUUAGUUUUUAUAUUUUUCUGCUAGCCCACACUAAUUUUUUGGAGACCCCACUAUUUG